CUAAUCCACAAAAUCAAAUGGAACCAAAUUUGAGAGAUGUCUCAAUUGCUCGCUCUUUUUCCAAAUGAACUUCCACUAGUCUACUGGUCAGAACUUCUCUUUCCCAUGUUGAAUAGUGAGUGAAGUUCAUAUCCAAUUAAUGUUGUUUAAGUACUGAUCACAGCAUUUUUUCAUAUCAUCUCUGCUUGUUUGAGGCAUCAAGCUAAACUAGAAUUAUUUGUCUUUCUCGCCAUGAUCAAGGUGAUCAGGCUACUACCCCUUCCAGCACAUUUCGUUAUUGUUCUAGUUCUUGGUUUGUGCUGUGUAGUUUGUUGUCAUGCUGAGGAUCAUCAAAACUGUGAGCCUUCAUCCUGCGGCGACAUCCGUAAUAUAAGUUACCCUUUCCGACUCAUCGGUGAUCCACAGAAGUGCGGUGACUUCAGGUAUAACCUGUCUUGUGAGAAUAAUCUCACUGUUUUACACUUGUAUUCAGGAAGAUACUAUGUCCUUGCCAUCAAUUAUGAAAACGGCACGAUCCGAGUUGUGGAUGUCAAUCUUCAAAAGGAUAACUGCUCUUCUCUCCCUCUAUAUUCCUUGACUGCAUAUAACUUAAGUAGUGAUGAUGAGGAUCUGUAUCGCACGCAUCAAUGGAAAGGUACAAGUUGGGAGAAAAGUCCUCAGUUUGAACUGUACUCAAAGCUUAUAAUUCUCAUAACCUGUGAAUUUCGGCCGGGGAAUUCAUCCCUCUUUGUAGAUGCUGCUCCUUGCAUCAACGCAACGAGCGGACAUUCCUUUGUCAACAUUGACAGCUUAAAUGCAUCGGAUUUGUUGGAUUCAUGCCAGACGGAGCUGAUGGUUCUGACAUCAUGGAAUGGAACAAAGGUUGUGAACAGGUCCUACAUAGACAUCCACAACGAGCUGCUCUAUGGUUUUGAACUUUCAUGGUUGCACAAUUACGGGCGACCAGGUGAAGUUUGCUACAUCGACACUGAUACCAACAAAGUUAAUUGUAUUAUGUAUGACAGCUUAAGCCUCUCCACUAUUAUUGCGGAUUAUGUAAUAGUGUCAGCUUCAUACAUUCUAGAUGCAGUGAUUUUGUGGUCUGGGACAAAAAUUGUACUCGGAGUUCCCUGUGUGAUUGUGUUUUUAAUCUUCAAGUUGAAAAGACGCCACUUAUCAAUGUAUGGCCUUAUUGAAGAUUUCUUGCAAAGUCACAACAACCUCAUGCCAAUAAGGUACUCCUACUCCAAUACCAAGAAAAUGACCAAGGGAUUUAAGGAUAAAUUAGGGGAAGGAGGUUACGGCUCUGUGUAUAAAGGCAAGCUUCGCAGCGGACGCCUUGUUGCUGUUAAGAUGUUGGGAAAGUCUAAAGCUAAUGGUCAAGAUUUUAUGAAUGAAGUUGCAACCAUUGGAAGAAUUCACCAUGUAAAUGUGGUACGACUAAUCGGCUAUUGUGCUGAGGGGUCAAAGCGUGCUCUUAUAUACGAGUACAUGUCAAACGGGUCUCUUGAUAAGCACAUUUUUUCCAAGGAAGGAUCCAUUUCCUUAAGCUGCAAGGAAGCAUUUGAAAUUUCACUAGGAGUGGCUCGUGGUAUUGGUUAUCUGCAUCAAGGAUGUGACAUGAAGAUAUUGCAUUUUGAUAUCAAGCCACACAACAUUCUUCUAGAUGAGAAUUUUGUUCCAAAGGUUUCAGACUUUGGUCUGGCUAGAUUAUGCCCAUUAGAUGACAGCAGUUUAAUUUUGACUGCAGCGAGAGGAACCAUUGGAUACAUAGCUCCGGAAUUGUUUUACAAGAAUAUUGGUGGUGUGACGAACAAAGCUGACAUGUAUAGUUUCGGAAUGUUGCUGAUGGAGAUAGCAGGGAAAAGAAAGAACUUGAAUGCAGUUGCAGCCCAUUCUAGCCAAAUUUACUUUCCUUCAUGGGUUUAUGACCAGUUCAGUGAAGGAAAUGAGAUGGAAAUUGAAGAUGCAACCGACGAGGAAAGGAGAUUAACAAGGAAGAUGCUCAUGGUAGCAUUGUGGUGUAUACAAAUGAAGCCUUGUGACCGUCCCAAAUCAAUGAGCAAAGUUGUAGAGAUGCUUGAAGGAGAAGUUGAAUCCAUUCCAAUGCCUCCAAAGCCCUUCCUAUAUCCACAAGACAUGCCAGUAGUGGAUGAUGAAGAUGAUACGGAAACAGCUCUAUCAUCGUCACUGCCAUUAAAAAAUGAAGCUCCAGAGUCGACUAGUUUGGCUCAAAAUCCAGAAUAAGUGAUGCAUGGCUCAAAAUCCAGAAUAAGUGCGCAACACCAAUAAUAUAUAUGUAUUUACCAUGGGGAAGGAAUUUCCUGCUAUGGAGUAGUUAAUAAGUGUUAUUCGAAUACUCUGCAUAUUCACCUAAACUGGGAACGGUGUGCUGAUCAGGAAUCAUGAGGGAAACUUCAGUUCUUGAUACCAAGUUUAUUGUCUUUAUAUAGAUCGAGGGUAGUUUAGUUCCUACUUUGUGUUAUUGAACAUGCUCCAAUUGGUAUCAUAUUGGUCAGCAAUUGUUUAC